GGCGGCUCCCAGCGUCCCCCGCGCGCGCCGGAAGAUGGCGGCGGCGGCAGAGGCUCUGGGCCCGCGCCGGUAGCUGCGCCGCGCUGAUGGGGCCCCGCGCCCGGCCCGGGCCGUGCCGCUGCGGCCUCUACGCCGUGCUGGGAGCGCUGGUCUGCGGCCUGGGGCCCGCGGCCGCGAUGGCGCUGAGCGACGAGCGGCGGUCGGCCAGCCCGGGGACGGUGACGCCGUGUUGGCGAGUGGAGGAUUUCGUGGUGGCCCAGGAGUGCACGCGCUGCUCCAGCUUCCAGGCGAAGGGAACUCCUGAGUGCGGCCCCACGGGCUUCGUCGAGAAGAUCAACUGUGCCAGCUCCAAGAGGGAAGAGUACAAGAGCUGCCGCUCGGCUGUGAUGGAGGCUCAGGUGUUCUGGCGCUUCGUGGGCUCCAUGGCAGCGGUUGCCGCCGUCUUCGCGGCGCUGGUGGUGUGUCGGCAGCGGGUGCUGGACAGGAAGGCCCUGGAGAAGGUUCGCAAGCAGAUCGAGUCCAUCUAGCAGAGCCUGCACAGAAGGGACUUGGCUCUCCCUGACACUGAGGGGAGGAGGAGGAAUGGGGGGCCCUGGGGCAGCCCCAGGAGCAGCCAUCCCCGUUGUGGUGUCGCGUGGGACGGACUGAGCGGUGCCCUGCCUGCCCUGGGGCGCACAGGCUGGAAUAAAUCCCUGUGGUUGGCACUGCA